CGAUCGCGUCACCUACGAGGGCCAUUCUUCAGAGUCGCAAACCCUUUUUUCUCGAUCGUAGAAAAGACAAAUUAAUUCGCAAGGACGUCUUACGCUGUGUUUACGUUAUUGUGUUGACGAGCAGCGUCUAAUAAACAGUUACCUAAAGUGGUAAACCAAAAGACGUUUUCAUCAUGAGGUCUUGGAAACGAAAGUAGCCAAAAACGACUCUCUGGUUAUGCCUGCUUGGUAUGUACGAAUGAAUAAAUUUUUCAAACGUAUCUCAGGAUACCGACUGUCAUUCGUAUCGGCGGCGAUCGCUUCUCCGAGAAAUACAGCGCCUUUUUCGUAGCAUCCCAAGACACUACGAAAAUAAACAAGAGGUAUUUUAUUAGGUACUCAGGACGCAUUUCGCUUCCCUUGAAAUUUUUAUUAACUAGAUCAAGGACAUAUAAUUGAUUAUUUUGAAUUCAAAAGGAAAUUAGAACAAAUUCAAUUGGGAACUUUGUGCUUUCUUUUUUCUUCACAUUUUCUUCCAAUUGCCAAAUUUAUUAAAAAGGGAAGAAAAAAUAGAAUUGUAAAUUAGGAUUGAAAUUAUUUGGAGUAAAUUAUACUUCGACGUUAUCAUAUGGAGCUGUCACAGCUUACAAUGGAUCCGGAUAUAGAGUCUGCAUGGCUCUCUAAUUCCUAUUCCGCGAAUUAUCAGCAAAUGUCGCCGAACAAGUCGAAUGAUUGUGACGCAAUUGUUGGACACUCAACAAUUUUAAAUUACCAAGGUGGAUCAGAAAUCAUUUGGCAAGAGGAGAAACAAUUAUCCUCUCAGAACUCUCCACCGGAUCAGAUUCAGUUCGGAUGUCUACCUGAUUCUCCGGUUAGUUCAAGCAGCAGCAACAGCCAAUCGCCUGCAUACAGGCAAACCCUCACGAAUUUGCAGUCGGUGUCGACUCAACUUCAGCAACAACAACAACAACAACAACAACAGCAACAACAACAACAACAACCACAACAACAGCAGCAGCAGCAACAACAACAUCAACAACAUCAACAACAACAACAAAAUCAAUCGUCGCGUAAAAGACGCGUGGAGGAUGUUCCGUUCAAUAAUCAGAAUCCAAUCGAGAGAAAAAUCACUCGUAAAAAUGGGCAUUCUGGAAGCGAUGGCUCACAAAAUUGGCAAGAGGAACUCGGGCUUGAGCAUCUUGCUGAUAUCACGUCAGCUUUUGCCGUCCAAGAUGUGACGAACACAUACUCUAUGAGCGAAGCUUUGAUGAAUCUGCCGACCGAUGCGCUCAUGGUCUUCAAGCAAGAAGCUCCAUCCCCGGAAAAUCAGCAGAACAGCUGCAAUAAGAGCAAUAGCAACAACAUGCCGGAGUUGCAAAACGUCGAUGCGUUACAUGCGUUGAACUGUUACAGCUUGACUAAUGGCGCUCAUCGGCAGAUGCAUGUACCCCAUGCCCGAGGCGAGAACGUCGCCAACGUGUUGCACGAGUCCGGCGCCGUCAAUAACAUAACCCGUAGUCACAUGCACAAUGCUCUGAUUUACCCCCCCAGUGGCGCCGGCGAAGAGUAUCCCAGCAACGGCAACGGUCACGUAUCGUCGCCCCAUCCGGCCAACGAAUGCACCAACGACGGGGAGAAUCGCUUCCAUUACGCCCUCAACGCCCCCACGAGCAUCGCGACCAAGAUCAACGAGGAGACCAUUACCUACCUCAACCAAGGACAAGCCUACGAGAUCAAGCUCAAAAUCAUGGGCGAUCUCUCGAAUUGGCGAGGCAAACUAUUGAGGUCGACCAUUCGCAUGUGCUUCCACGAGCGCCGCUUGCAAUACACCGAACGCGAGCACAUCCUCGAGUGGCAGCGCACCCACGUCAACGAGCGCCUCCUCGAGGUCGACGUGCCCCAAUGCUUCGGCUUGUCCGAUGUGGCGCAAUCUACGUCGAUUUUGAACGGUGUCGACUUCACCUGGGACCCAACUAAAGAGGCCGUCUGUUACAUCAAGAUUAACUGCAUAAGCACGGAGUUUACGCCGAAAAAACACGGUGGGGAAAAGGGUGUACCCUUCAGGAUCCAAGUGGAAACUUCGCUUCAAGGGCAGAGAAUUCAUGCAGCCUCGUGCCAAAUCAAAGUGUUCAAGCUUAAAGGGGCCGAUCGAAAACAUAAACAAGACCGCGAGAAGAUACGUCGUAGACCCCCACACGAGCAACAAAAGUACCAGCCUAGCUACGAGCAUACCGUACUCAUCGAGUCGGCAUCGGAUUCUCUCAUGACAUCAAGCAACACAGUUCAGAACGUAGAAAGUCCUUACUCUUCGAACGAAGCUGGAUCACCUCAGAGCCUCCAGGAGAACAACUGCAACGGCGGUGCCUACAGUUGCAAUUCGUCGCCGCACUCAUCCAGCCUCGUGCCAGUGAUCGCUAAUCAGGCGGUCAGCGAAAAUGCCAGAGACUUGACACAGGCAGCAGCCCAGCAGCAAAACAACCUCAGCGUACCAUCGCCCCCGCAAUGCGACGACAAGUGCCUCUUAAAUCAAGCCUGCAGGCCGGAACACAACGUCAAAAUCAACAAUAACAGCGACAACAAUAGCCACGACGAUUUUUUGCCCUACGAGGGCAACUCCGAGCAGGUGCGCACUUGGCUGCGACAGAACAACUUCGAAGCUCACGAGGCGACUUUCGCUUGUUGCACCGCCAGCGAUCUCUACAGGAUGAGACGCGACGAUCUCAUAAGAAUCUCCAAUAUCGUCGAUGGCAUACGCAUCUACAACGCCUUGCAUUCGCCGGCCAAGACCCUCCACUUCGCGUACGAGCACGUUAACGUGUACCACACGAUCAUGCUGAGCAAAAUUAACGUCGCCAAUUUCACAAAAAAGCUUUUGGACAUCUUUGAUUUACCUCGCAAUAUGCUUGACAAACUCAUGUAUAAGCAUUGCGACGACGAAAUACUCAUCCAAGAUGUUAACAUCGCAUCCAUGAAGGACGAUAGUAAAUUCUUCGUCGAAAUUAGACAUGAACCAGAAGGGCGCUACAAGAUUGUAUUGAAACCCAGUAAUUCGGGAUCAAAGAUUGAAGCAUGAUUCACACGAGUGCAAUCCCUAAGCCAGUGUUGCUCCAACAGCGAUUAAAUAUUCAUUGACAGUUGCUAUUUUUUUGUUAGCUAGUAUAUUAUAUGCAAGAGAGAUAUCCCACUUUUGUUUGUUGAUUUAAAAUUCUUUACUUAUCAAGCUCUUCGUAAAACAAUUUUCUUUUUCAAUUUUCAUCAGUUCAAACAAUAUCCGCUUUGAAUUAAAGAUAAUUGUAAGUUGAUGUGAUAGUUACAUUCACUGAUUUUCGUUUUUUAGUUAUAACUUUUUUUUAGUUUUAUUACUUUUUAUUGUAUGUGCGUUGGGACUCGAUAUUUUUCGAGUGACUUUUCAAAUCACUUUAUAUUACAUCUCGACGCUAAAUUAUUAUCGUUUGUUUUAAAUUUUACUUUAGUUUAACAUAAUUUCAAUAAGUUUUGUUGAAAUAAAUCUAUAGCAGUGACGAUGUAAUUAUUCAAGUGAGAAUAUUAUGUGCUCACGGGUAUCGCCGACAUGACUAUAUUAACAAUGUACAAUUUACAUUAGUUAGAUACAUUUUAAAAUGCGAUUCGCAUAAAAAUAUCUUUUACCUUUACGAAUUUGACGUGAUUUUCAAUUUAUAUUUACAUCCACCAGACAUAAUAAUUCCUACAACUCGCAGAAAGAUGUACAGAUUUUUGAAUGAAAAAUUAAAUUAAUUAAUGUCUUUUACAAUCGUAACACAAUUUUGGAUGAAAUAGCGUCGAAUUUUAGUUUGUUCUUAUUAUAGUUUAGUGAUUUAGUAAUACUGCUAUUUAAUUUUAAUCAAAGUAGAAUAUAACAAUAUUGAGUGCCAAUAAAAUAAAUAUUGCAAUAAUAAAUAAUUUAUUGGUUUUGUUUAAUGUUAUUUGAAAUUUAAAAUAUUUUCAAUGAAAUGCAUUAAAUAAUUGCAUGUUCGAAAAUUUUAGUUAUUAUUGGAAUAGUCAAGUUUUAAUGAUUGGAGUAAAUAUUUUUUAUGUACAAUGUAAUACUAUUGUAUAAUUAACAGUAAAUUUUAAUUAUCUUAUAAUACUGAAAAUGUUACAAAUAAAAAAUUACUAUAAAUGUUUGAUAGUACACUGUA